CCUACCCCUCCCACAUCACAGAGUGAUGUGGCUUUUGAGACAUCACGAUUGCACGUAAACUCAGACUCUCAGCCUACCUACAACCACGAUUUUCUUCCUCUGUCACUGCAUCUUUAGUAAAGAGCUUCCGAAGGUUCGCUGCUGGCUUUAAAGGACACAUAGAAAGAGGCUCCCUGGGCGAUGCCACUACUCCUUUGUAUUUUCUUACCUCUUCAAAGACAGGAAGAAAGCCUCUCACCUCCUAGAAAGCAAGCAGAGGCGUGGGAGGCCGCACAACGCUGUCCAGUAAACUUGGAAACCACUGAACCCAAAAAGCGGCCACAAUAAAGGAGUUCCUGCUGGGGGGGAACAGAGGGACUGCACCUGUUACCUCACCCCAAUAAGGAAGAAAUGCCACACAGAAGGAAGAGCCUUUGCCUCGGGUGACAUGUUGCCGCCACAGCUGCUCCAAUAAAACUGUACCAAGCAUGAGGUGAUUAAAAUAGGAGCCACGUAUUUGAUCCAGAGGCAGAAGAAAAACAAACAAACAAACAAAAACUUGACAGAACAAGUGUUGCUUUAAAGUUGGCAGAAAAAGCUUCCUUUCCAACUUGGGCUCGGCAGAAUGGCUCCUGCAAAGAAGGGUGGCGAGAAGAAGGGCCGGUCUGCCAUCAACAAGGUGGUGACCCGAGAAUACACCAUCAACAUUCACAAGCGCAUCCAUGGAGUUGGCUUCAAGAAGCGUGCUCCUCGGGCGCUCAAAGAAAUUCAGAAAUUUGCCAUGAAGGAGAUGGGGACUCCAGAUGUGCACAUAGACACCAGGCUCAAUAAAGCCGUCUGGGACAGAGGAAUAAGGAAUGUUCCGUACCGCAUCCGAGUACGUUUGUCCGGAAAGCGUAAUGAGCAUGAGGAUUCACCAAACAAGCUCUACACACUGGUAACUUACGUGCCUGUUACCACAUUCAAAAAUCUACAGACGGUCAAUGUGGAUGAGAACUAACUGCUGAAUGUCAAACAGAGUUACAGAACUGCACCCAAAAAAAUAAAAAAUAAAAAUAAAAACAGUUGGCAGAAAGCUGGACCCACAAAAGUGACUCUUCCAUAGGAAGCUAUGCUUAUUAUUCAAAGAAUCUCAACAAAAUGUUCUGAGACUCUCCUGUGAUAACAGGGGUCACCCUGAGAUGUAGAUUUCAUUUAAAAUCACUGCAAGGGUUUAGUAGGACUGUCUUAAACUUGGGUCUAUUAAAGUUUCCAUUUUCUUUCAAUCAAUGAAGGCCAAAGACCAGGUAACAGAAGGAACUGUUGGCCCACCCGCCCUGUGUGCUCAGCCCAGCCCCUCACUCCCUAAGCAUCUGUCUCCAAGCCCAGUUUCUAACAAUCUCAUGACACCACCACACCUUCGCCCAGGCCAGGACUACAGCACUGAGCAGGCCUGCAAGAGCAGCCCUAAAAGCGGCUGCCAGUGCUUUCUCCUGCCUUUGGAAAGAAAAUUAAGCUACUCGGUCUGAAGCCCCUUUCUCUAGAUAAAAAGACUACAGAAGAGAAACCUUGGCCUUUUUAUCCCUUUUUUCCCCUUCCUGAAGUUAGUGACUCUUCACUUCCUGUCUUAAAAAUAAAUAAAUAAAAUACUGAAUCGUGCAAAUGCCAGAUCAGAAAUCUUGGAUUACAUUUUCAGCCAGCUCUCGGGUUCUUUCGAGGCUUGGCUAGUUUGCUU